CUCAUUGGCUUCCAGGCGCCGGCCGCGUGUGAUGUCCCGGGCAACGAUUGGCUCUCGCCCGCCGGGGACUUCUCUCACCGGGACUCGGGAUUCCCGGGAAGUGGACUGGCAGAGGACGGGGCUAGCUAGCUGUCUCUUCGGACCAAGGAGGAGACCCCACCCCGCCCUCCGGUGUGAGGCGGCCUCCCAGGGCCGGGUGGGCUGGCGAGCCGACGCGGCGGCGGCGACGGCGGCGGCGGACGGGGCUGAGAGGAGUGUGUGGGACAGGACCCGGGACAGAGGAACCAUGGCUCCGCAGAACCUGAGCACCUUUUGCCUGUUGCUGCUGUACCUCAUCGGAGCCGUGAUUGCCGGGCGAGAUUUCUAUAAGAUCUUGGGGGUGCCUCGAAGUGCCUCUAUAAAGGACAUUAAAAAGGCCUAUAGGAAACUAGCCCUGCAGCUUCAUCCUGACCGGAACCCUGAUGAUCCACAAGCCCAGGAGAAAUUCCAGGAUCUAGGUGCUGCUUAUGAGGUUCUGUCAGAUAGUGAGAAACGGAAGCAGUACGAUACUUAUGGUGAAGAAGGAUUAAAAGAUGGUCAUCAGAGCUCCCAUGGAGACAUUUUUUCACACUUCUUUGGGGAUUUUGGGUUCAUGUUUGGAGGAACCCCUCGUCAGCAAGACAGAAAUAUUCCAAGAGGCAGUGACAUCAUUGUAGAUCUGGAAGUCACUUUGGAAGAAGUAUAUGCAGGAAAUUUUGUUGAAGUAGUCAGAAACAAACCUGUGGCGAGGCAGGCUCCUGGCAAACGGAAAUGCAACUGUCGGCAAGAGAUGCGGACCACCCAGCUGGGCCCUGGACGCUUCCAAAUGACCCAGGAGGUGGUCUGUGAUGAAUGCCCAAAUGUCAAGCUAGUGAAUGAAGAGCGAACGCUGGAAGUAGAAAUAGAACCUGGAGUGAGAGACGGCAUGGAAUACCCCUUUAUUGGAGAAGGUGAGCCUCAUGUGGAUGGGGAGCCUGGAGAUUUACGGUUCCGAAUCAAAGUUGUCAAGCACCCAAUAUUUGAAAGGAGAGGAGAUGAUUUGUACACAAAUGUGACAAUCUCAUUAGUUGAGUCGCUGGUUGGCUUUGAAAUGGCUAUUACUCAUUUGGAUGGUCACAAGGUACAUAUUUCCCGAGAUAAGAUCACCAGGCCAGGAGCAAAGCUAUGGAAGAAAGGGGAAGGGCUUCCCAACUUUGACAACAACAAUAUCAAGGGCUCUUUGAUAAUCACUUUUGAUGUGGAUUUUCCAAAAGAACAGUUAACAGAGGAAGCAAGAGAAGGUAUCAAACAGCUCCUGAAACAAGGGUCAGUGCAGAAGGUAUAUAAUGGACUGCAAGGAUAUUAAGAAUGAAUAAAGUUGGACUUUGUUUAAAAUAAGUGAAUCAGCGAUAUUUAUUAUCUGCAGGGUUUUUUGUGUGUGUUUUUGUUUUUGUUUUCAAUAUGCAAGCUUGGCUUAAUUUUCUUUUUUGUCUAAUGAUCAUCAUGAAAUGAAUAAGAGGGCUUAAGAAUUUGUCCAUUUGCAUUCAGAAAAGAAUGACCAGCAAAAGAUUUACUAAUACCUCUCCCUUUGGGGAUUUAAUGUCUGGUGCUGCCGCCUGAGUUUCAAGAAUUAAAGCUGCAAGAGGACUCCAGGAGCAAAGGAAACACGACAUAGAGGGUUGGAGUUGUUAGCAAUUUCAUUCAAAAUGCCAACUGGAGAAGUCUGUUUUUAAAUACAUUUUGUUGUUAUUUUUUUCAUGA